AUGGAAAAUGAAAUUGAUGCCGAUGAAUUAGCAGCAAUACUUGCUGAAGAUGAACAAGAACAAGAAGAAUCAAAAUCAAAAUUAUUAUUUUCUGAACAAGCAGAAACAAUGACAUCUGAACAAUUAGUUGAAUUAACAUGUUCACUUAUUGAUAAACCAAUAACAACUAAAAAAAGUUCUACAGACAAAUUUUCUAAUAUUGAUAUGAAUGAUUUAUUUGAAAAUAAAACAUCAAAAAUAAAAAUUUUGUAUUUAUAUAAUACAUACAACCGAGCUUAUAAUAGAUGAGCCGGUGUUCUAGAAUUUGGCCUAGAUUUUGAUCCAGAUAAAAAAAAACCCGAUUUCGAUGUAUGGCAUACGGAUGUUACGUGUUCAACUGAUCUACCAACUAUUGAUAUGCUCUAUGCCAAAAACAUACCAAAACAAGGUGGUGGAGAUACACUAUGGGAAAACAUGGUUGAAGUUUAUAAACAAGGAUUAUUGGAUGGAAUGAAAUAG